UCCUUCAAGUCUCGUCUCCCGCGACCGCCGCGGCGCGGCGCGGCAGGAUCUGCUGGUACGCGUGAUGAGCAUCUGGGUGCACCCGGGAGCACUCAAAGUCCACCUGGCCGGGCUUGGCUCCCCGGGGCCCUCGACUGUCCUUUUUUCGGUUCGCGACGACGCGAUGGCGCAGGCGCGUUCUCUCGCGUCCGAAAGCUCCCUAUGUACUCGAUCUACGUGAUCUGGACGUCUCACGGCCUCUACGAGCCUCUGGGUGCUGAACUCGGCUCCCGCAGCCAGUUCCAGGGCUUUCGAUGCCCUCCCUCGCGAUUUGGCAGCGGCUGGAGGACGUAGCGACGUUUAGACGUCCUCACGCAUACGAUGCGACUCUCGGCACCCGUUUCAAGCAAGCUAGGCGCGGGGUGACCCCCGCGCCGGAGCUGGCUCCAACAGCCCGCCCCGGCCGGGCAUCCCUUCUCGAUUCACGACGACGCAGUGCAGCGGCGGCAUCCCGGAUACUCUAUGACGCUGGACGCGCGACUCGCGCAGCUCUGUCCCAAGGCAUCUCCGAGGCGCUCAGCUCUGGACGCUUGGAGUCCCUGCCUCUCCCGAUCUUGAUUGAGCGACUCCGCAACGACGCAGCCGCGUUUCUACGCUCUCACACAUACAACGCAAGUGUCGGCUUCCCUUCUACGCCACGGGACCUCUGCGAGUGGCGCCAGGCCGGACAUGGCUCCCGCAGCCAGUUCUGGGUGCCGUCCUUUGCUCGAUCUCGAUAUCGCGACGACGCGAUGACGCAGUCACCUCCGACAGCACGAAACGAGUGUGGGCUACGCACGCGCGAGGUAUCAGAGCGCCACGACCUCGACAAUGCGCCGGACUUGGCUCACACAGCCGCUUCCGAGGUGCUGUCACUCCCACUCUCGAUUCCGCGACGACGCGGCGGCGCAGCUGCGUGCGGUUGCACUGUACGAAGUGAUACGACGCCUGAAGACACACAUGCGCGGUUUCGGCGGGCCAGGAAGCGCGCUCGCAGCCCGAGGAGAGAGGCCGGCUGGACUCUGUUCCCGCGGCGGCCCGGCCUGUCCUCGGCCUCCCUGCGAUUUCCGCGAGACUCUGCGACGACGCGCCGCGCGGCGCGUCUCUGGCGCGUACAUGAUUUUGUGCUACAGCAUGAUACAGCGCCCGUUGCUGCGCGGGAAUACGGCGCCCCUAGAUCGCUGUGGAGGUGCUCGAGUGCAGGGGCUCCCCGAGACUGGUGGCCCUCCUCCUGCUCGUAGGAUUUGUCGCGCCGGCGCGAUGCUUGCACCCUGUACCGUACUAGUAUGAUAGGAUGGAAUGCGAGUGGAUUCGGACGUCUACAGUCCGCUUUUCUGACCUUUGAUGAAGUGCUCCCCGCCCCGCCCCGCCGUCCUGUACACAUUCCGGUAUACA